AUCAAACCACUGCUUCCUUUUCUGAAAAACAUUACGGAAGAGAGCGAUUUGGAGAAUUUUCAAGAUCUAGUAGUGGCCGUAGAUGCUUGCUUUUGGCUUCAUAAAGCUAUAUCAAUAAGUUUAUCGCGAUUCGGAGAUGAUAGAAAGGCCGACUCGAUUUUAGGCGGCGAUUUCCUGCUUCCGCUGUGUUAAUCUGUCUGUAUUUUUAUCUCAGAGUGAAAGAGAUCUGUAGUUCGUACCUGGAUUUGCUUAAAUAA